UUUGUCUCAUUCUCUACUACGACCUGUGGUUUGUACUAUCUGACGUGAGAUAAGCACCGGUGGAAAGCUAGCAGUCUGAACUAUGGAGCAGAUACAUGAUAUCCAGGUCGUUCCGUGCACCAACUCCAAUUAUCUGAAACCAUUCAGGGUGCACUAUAACCAGAAUGGGACAAAGAAAUCGUGGGACUUCAUGCGAACUCAUGACAGUGUUUCGGUGCUGAUCUUCAACACCACCUCACACUGCUUCAUCUUGGUCAAGCAGUUCCGCCCAGCCGUGUACAUGUGUGAGUGGGAGAGGACCAAGGAGCCAGCCGUGCAGGCAGCGGAGGGGGAGGAGAAAGGGGCUGCGGCUGCAGCCACUGCUAUCCCGGAGACUCCCCAGGAGGAGGCUGUUGCUACGGCUGGGGGCGUCAAGACCCAGCAGCCCCCGGGCUCGGCGGGUAUGACCUACGAGCUGUGUGCAGGCCUGGUGGACAAGGCCGACCUGUCGCUGGAGGAGAUUGCCAGGCAGGAGGUGCUGGAGGAGUGUGGCUACGACGUGCCAGUCGCCAAGCUGCGGAGGAUCACCUCGUACAGCUCCGGCGUAGGUGUGACAGGAGCCAAGCAGACCAUGUUCUACGCCGAGGUGUCGGACGAGAACCGCGUGGGUGAGGGCGGAGGCGUGCCUCAGGAGGGGGAGCUGAUCGAAGUGGUCAAAGUGCCCCUCCAUGAGGCCAUGACCUUUGCCUAUGACGAGAGCAUCCCCAAGACCAUGGGCGUCAUCUUCAGCUUCAUCUGGUUCCACAACAACAUGUCGCCCAAGUACAAGAUCUCCACCAACGUGUAACCCACCCAACCCCGUCCUUGCACUCUUGAGCCUGAGGUAGAAGUUGCAGUUAACAGAUCUGAGAUCAGAAGACCCUAACCCCAAGCCUAAUCUUUACUAUUAAGGGUAUGGAGAAAAAUAUCUGACCCUGUGUCAGUGGUUAGAGACAACUUCAAUCUACUCCCAACACCUUGCCUCUGACCAUUUCCAUAUAAAAUGGCCCCUUGGCAACCAUUUUUGUCUUGUUACUAACCAUGUUCUUUUUUGGGGGUUUGUCAAAUUUUUGAUCUUAAUUACUUUUCCUCUAAAACUUGCCAUAUUCACUUUUUGUUGUUUGUAACCUUUUCCUCACAGAGGUCACGAAGAUGGCGACAUCACUCUUGUUCAGAGCUGCUCGUCUGUAGUUGAUUUGAUCACGUUCCAGGAAUGCGAAAAUGUUGUUUCUUAUUCAGUGCCAGAGUUUAUCACAUAUGACGGUCGUUGCUGAGUCUGUUAAAUUGCCACAGCUGUUCCAGGCACGCCUUGCUUACUUUCUCUAUGAUCUACACAGCCUCAAAGCCAGUGUUUCUCAUUCUUGUGUCUUGGGGGGGGGGGGGCAUUUUUAUCCCAGCCAAGCACUAACACUCCUAAUUUAACAAAUUAAUGAGUUGAGUAACUGCUGGGCUAGAAGAAAUAUGGGUCCCCUCACGUCCAGGACUGGGAGACACUUCUCUAAGCAAUAGUUUGAUAGUUGGUUGUUUGAUCAUGUCUAGAAACAAAUCAACAUUUCCGUUUGCUUAGGCGUUUAGAUAUGUUGUAAGCAUUGCAUUGAAUCCAGGGCUGUCACUACAGUAGUGCGUGCUCUGAGGUCACAAGAUAUUGUACUUUUGAUAGAGGCUUCUUUUAACUACCACAGGAAUAUCACCUACCUCUACACUGAUAAGCUUUAUUUCAGUUACUAAUGUCACAAUACCAGUACCACAACAAUCCGUAUCAGAAUACUCAGAGGUAUUGUAAAAUCGUGAUACUACAAUACUCAUCACGAUAAUGAUUAAUUGUGAUAUUGUGAGAACCUUCUGGUGGACAAUUCCUCUCACACUUAUACAUGUGUGUUAACAGGAAGGCUUCACUGAUACUGGCUGAGAACAACAGAGUUUUUAUAUGUCUCAGACAGUGUUUUUGUUUUUUCUAAGGAAGGAAAGUGAUGUCAAGCCUCGUAGAAUGGAGCAGGGUCAAUUGGAGUUUUGUUUUGGGAAAUUGAAAACCUAGCUUGUAACAUGUCUGAGUAGUUUUAGCAUGCUACUUAACCCAGCUAUCUGGGAUAGCACCUUGAGCCCAUAUUGCUGUUUUGUGAUCCCUUUUUGUUUUUUAACCUGACGUGGGGGAAAAGUUUGGUUGAUACCUGCACUGUGUGGGGCUCGAAGGAAAAUGGUUGCUCUUUUUAACUUGGGCCAUGUCUCUCAGCUUCACAACAGUUUAAUCCUACCUUUCCCCUAUGGCUGUUUUGGCCAGACCACUUCAAGACACCCAGAUUUCCACAGAAAUCAACAACUGCAGCUAUUCAAGUCUACCCGGAUGGAGGAUUCCAUCCUCAAUUAUUCCCUCCAGUUUUACUAGAAUUCUUUCAAGCGGAAAUUCUGAAAAAACCUAGGAAAUUGGGGAAAGGUUCUGGAAUUGUGCAACCCUAUUUGGGAAAGAAAGAGCUUAAGACAACAAUCACAAAAUCACUUGCUUAACGUCUUAGGUCGAACCGUUUUCCCCCUCUCGAUGAGGUGACAUUCAGGGAUCACAAUUCUGCACCUUUUAGCCAUAGUCUUUUUAACCCUUGGGUAUUGUGCUGAUAACAUUUCUAUGUAGUUUGCCAAUAUCACAAACUGUCAAAGUCCUAAAUGGUUAAUUGACAAAUCUUCUCAAUAACUUUUUUUGGCAACAUAUUAAUGUGUGGAUUCAUGGCACCUUUCGCUAAAACUUGGUAAAGAUCAGUGGUAAUAUACUGAACAAAAAUAGAAACGCAACAUGCAAUAAUUUCAGAUUUUACUGAGUUACAGUUCAUAUAAAGAAUUCCGACACUUGAAAUUAAUUAAUUAAGCCCUAAUCUAUGGAUUUCACAUGAUUGGGAAUACAAAUAUGCAUUUGUUGGUUAUACAUACCUUUAAAAAAAUAAAAGUAGGGGUGUGGAUCAGAAAACCAGUCAGUAUCUGGUGUUACCACCAUUUGCCUCAUGCAGCGCGACACAUCUCCUUCGCAUAGAGUUGAUUAGGCUGUUGAUUGUGGCCUGUGGAAUGUUGUCCCACUACUCUUCAAGGGUUGUGCGAAGUUGCUGGAUACUGGAACACGCUGUCUUGCAGGUCGAUCCCAAACAUGCUCAAUGGACAAACAUGCUCAAUGGACAAACAUGCCCUUGGACAAACUGGGACAUUUUCAGCUUCCAGGAAUUGUAUACAGAUCCUUGCAACAUGAGGCUGUGUAUUAUCAUGCUUAUUGCGACAUGAAUGGCACGACAAUGGGCCUCCAGGAUUUGGUAUGCAUUCAAAUUGCCAUCGGGUUAACUGUAAAUCGUUUAUGCCUACCCAUAACUUGUAUUCUCCCUAACACAAGGUGUGCCUGUGUAAUUGUUUUAUUUGAUUUAACUUGGCAAGUCAGUUAAGUACAAAUUCUUAUUUACAAUGACUGCCUACCGGGGAACAGUGUUUUUUUUUUGUUUUUUUUUGCUUGGGGAUUCGAUCUAGCAACCUUUUGGUUACUGGCCCAAUGCUCAAACCACUAUGCUGUCAGGUGGAUGGAUUAUCUUGGCAAAUGAGAAAUGCUCACUAACAGGGAUGUAAACAAAUAUUUGAGAGAAAUAAUGUUUUUGUGCAAAUGGAACUUUUCUGGGAUGUUUUAUUUUAGCUCAUGGGACCAGCACUUUACAUGUUGCGUUUAUAUUUUUGGUACACACACACACACACACACACACACACACACAGUGCACUCGGAAAGUAUUCAGACCCCUUCACUUUUUCCACAUUUUGUUAUUAAAUCAUUUUUUGUCCCUCAUCGAUCUACACACAAUACCCUUUACAUAAGUAUUCAGACUCUGUACUCUAGGACGUCUUGAUGGUUCCGAAAGUCUAAAAUGUAAGAAUGAUGGAGGACACUGUGUUCUUGGGGACCUUCAAUGCUGCAGACGUGUUUUGGUGCCCUUCCCCAGAUCUGUGCCUCGACACAAUCCUCUUUCAGAACUUUACAGAAAAUAGGCCAGUAAGAUGUGUGCCUUUCCAAAUCAUGUCCAAUCAAGUUGUAGAAACAUCUCAAGGAUGAUCAAUGGAAACAGGAUGAUCUCAAGUUAGUCUCAUAGCAAAAGGUCUGAAUACUUAAGUAAAUAAGGUAUUUGUUUUUUAUUUUUAAUAAUUUUGCAAAAACCUGUUUGCGCAUUGUCAUUAUGGGCUUUGUGUGUAGAUUGCUGAGAAUUGCUUUUAGAAUAAGGCUUCAAUGUAACAAUGUGCAAAAAGGUCAAGGUGUGUGUGUAUGUAUGUAUAUGUGUGUGUUAAACAAAUACGUAUAUUUUAUAUUUGAGAUUCUUCAAAGUAGCUACCCUUUACCUUGACGGCUUUGCACACUUUUCGCAUUCUCUCAACCAGCUUCACCUAGAAUGCUUUACCCAAACGUCUUGAAGGAGUUCCCACAUAUGCUGAGCACUUGUUUGCUGCAAUCCAACUCAUCUCAAACCAUCUCAAUUGGGAUGAGGUCGGGUGAUUGUGGAGGCCAUGUCAUCUGAUGCAGCACUCCAUCACUCUCCUUGGUCAAAUAGCCCUUACACAGCCUGUAGGUGUGUUGGGUCAUUGUCCUGUUGAAAAACAAGUGAUAGUCCCCACUAAGCGCAAACGAGAUGGGAUGGCCUAUUUCUGCAGAAUGCUGUGGUAGCCAUGCUGGUUAAAUGUGCCUUGAAUUCUAAAUAAAUCACUGUCACCAGCAAAGCACCAUCACACCUCUUCCUCCAUGCUUCACGGUGGGAACCACACAUUUUAUUUAUUUUUAUUUCACCUUUAUUUAACCAGGUAGGCAAGUUGAGAACAAGUUCUCAUUUACAAUUGCGACCUGGCCAAGAUAAAGCAAAGCAGUUCGACACGUACAACGACACAGUUACACAUGGAGUAAAACAAACAUAUAGUCAAUAAUACAGUAUAAACAAGUCUAUAUACGAUGUGAGCAAAUGAGGUGAGAUAAGGGAGGUAAAGGCAAAAAAAGGCCAUGGUGGCAAAGUAAAUACAAUAUAGCAAGUAAAACACUGGAAUGGUAGAUUUGCAGUGGAAGAAUGUGCAAAGUAGAAAUAAAAAUAAUGGGGUGCAAAGGAGCAAAAUAAAUAAAAUAAAUACAGUAGGGAAAGAGGUAGUUGUUUGGGCUAAAUUAUAGGUGGGCUAUGUACAGGUGCAGUAAUCUGUGAACUGCUCUGAUGGUUGGUGACCGGGGUAGGAGUAGCCAGGUGGAAAGCAUGGCCAGCCGUAGAAAAAUGCUUUUUGAAAUUCUCAAUUAUAGUGGAUUUAUCAGUGGUGACACUGUUUCCUAUCUUCAGUGCAGUGGGCAGCUGGGAGGAGGUGUUCUUAUUCUCCAUCGACUUUAGUGUCCCAGAAAUUUUUUGAGUUGGUGUUGCAGGAAGCAAAUUUCAGAAAAUUUCCAAUUUCUUCCCUGAACAGCUGCAUAUCACGGGGGCUGUUCGAUGCUAAUGCAGAACGCCAUAGGAUGUUUUGGUCAAGGGCAGUCAGGUCUGGGGAGAACCAAGGGCUAUAUCUGUUCCUGGUUCUACAUUUCUUGAAUGGGGCAUGCUUAUUUAAGAUGGUUAGGAAGGCAUUUAAAAAAAAUAACCAGGCAUCCUCUACUGAUGGGAUGAGAUCAAUAUCCUUCCAGGAUACCCCGGCCAGGUCCAUUAGAAAGGCCUGCUCGCUGAAGUGUUUCAGGGAGCGUUUGACAGUGAUGAGUGGAGGUCGUUUGACCACUGACCCAUUACGGAUGCAGGCAAUGAGGCUGAGAUCUUUGUUGAAGACAGCAGAGGUGUAUUUAGAGUGCAAGUUGGUUAGGAUGAUAUCUAUGAGGGUGCCUGUGUUUAAGGCUUUGGGGGGGUACCUGGUAGGUUCAUUGAUAAUUUGUGUAAGAUUGAGGGCAUCAAGCUUAGAUUGUAGGAUGGCUGGGGUGUUAAGCAUGUUCCAGUUUAGGUCGCCUAGCAGCACGAGCUCUGAUGAUAGAUGGGGGGGCAAUCAGUUCACAUAUGGUGUCCAGAGCACAGCUGGGGGCAGAGGGUGGUCUAUAGCAGGCGGCAACGGUGAGAGACUUGUUUUUAGAGGUGGAUUUUUCAAAGUAGAAGUUCAAAUUGUUUGGGUACAGACCUGGAUAGUCGGACAGAACUCUGCAGGCUAUCUUUGCAGUAGAUUGCAACACUGCCCCCUUUGUCAGCUCUAUCUUGUCUGAAAAUGUUGUUUGGGAUGAACAUUUCCAAAUUGUUGGUGGUCUUCCUACAUGCGGAGAUCGUCCUCACAGACACGGCGGUUGGAAUCAGUCAUCUCAAAUUUGGACAGAUUUCCACCGGUAUAAUGUCCAUUGCUCGUGUUUCUUGUCCCAAGCAAGUCUCUUCUUAUUGGUGUUGUUUAGUAGUGGUUUCUUUGCAGCAAUUUGACCAUGAAGUCCAGAUUCACACAGUCUCCUCUGAACAGUUGAUGUUGAGAUGUGUCUGUUACUUGAACUCUGAAGCAUUUAUUUGGGCUGCAAUUUCUGAGGAUGGUAACUCUAAUGAACGUAUCCUCUGCAGCAGAGGUAACUCUGGGUCUUCCUUUUCUGUGGCAGGCUUCAUGAGAGCCAGUUUCAUCAUGGAGUGUGAUGGUUCUUGUGACUGGACUUGAAGAAACUUUCAAAGUUCUUUACAUUUUCCGGAUUGACUGUCCUUCAUGUCUUAAAGUAAUGAUGGACUGUUUCUCUUUGCUUUUUUGAGCUGUUCUUAGCCUAAUAUGGACUUGGUCUUUUACCAAAUAGGGCUAUUUUCUGUAUACCACCCUACCGUAUCACAGCACAACAGAUUUGUUCAAAAGCAUGAAGGAAAGAAAUUCCACAAAUUAACUUUUAACAAGGCACACUUAACUUGUUUGGGCGCAUGAACCGCUAGCAGGACACCUAUGACAACAUCUGGUGAAAUUGCAUAGCGAGAAAUUCAAAAUACAAAAAUCGUUAUAUUAAACAUUCUUGAAAAUACAGGUGUCAUAAAUCAUUUAAAAGCUUCAUUUGUUAAUCCAACCGCGUUGUCAUAUUUCAAAAAGGCUUUACGGCGAAAGCAUACCAUGCAAUUAUCUGAGGACAGCGCCCCACAUCUAAAUACUUUUUCAGCCAGCACAGGCAUCACAAUCACAAAUAGCAAUUAAAUAAAUCACUUACCUUUGAAGAUCUUCCUCUGUUUCCCAAGGGUCCCUGCUACACAAUGAAUGGUCGUCGCCAAUGAUCUCAGUAAUCCACUCAUUCAACAUGCAAACAAACAAAUCCAAAAAGUUACCUGUAAAGUUCGUCCAAACAAGUCAAACGAUGUUUCAAAUUAAUCCUCAGGUACUCUAAUAUCUAAAUAAACAAUAAUAUUUAAGACGGAGAAUAGUAUGUUCAAUAGGGAACAUAAAUAAUGAAGAGUGCGCACCUCAUUCACGCACCAACAAGACUACUUUUCUAAUGAGACACCUUGGAAAAACUAUAACUUCUUGCUCAUUUUUCAAACAACAAGCCUGAAACCCUUUCUAAUGUCUUUUGACAUCUAGUGGAAGCCAUAAGAACUGCAAUCUGGGUCUUAUCUAUUUCCCAUAGCCUAGCAUUGAAAUGGCCUGUGACCUCAAAAUAAAUUAUUUCUGGAUGUAUUUUUCUCGGAUUUCCGCCUGCCAUAUCAGUUCUGUUAUACUCACAGACAUUAUUUUAACAGUUUAAGAGACUUCAGUGUUUUCUAUCCAAUGCUACCAAUUAUAUGCAUAUCCUAGCUUCUGGGCCUGAGUAACAGGCAGUUUACUUUGGGCACGUCAGUCAUCCGAAAUUCCGAAUAAUGACCAGUAUGCUAAUGAUAAUUUAAAUGCAUUCCAGGUGACUACCUCAUGAAGCUGGUUGAGAGAAUGCCACGAGUGUGCAAAGUUCUCAUCAAAGCAAAGGGUGUCUACUUUGACGAAUCUCAAAUAUAAAAUAUAUUUAGAUUUAACACUGUUUUUGGUUACAACAUGAUUCCAUAUGUUCCAUAGUUUUGAUGUCUUCACUAUUACUCUACAAUGUAGAAAAUAGUAAAAAUAAAAACCCUUGAGUAGGUGUCCAAACUUUUAA